AUGAUCGGAGACCCACAAGAACUUGUAUUCAUAUCUGAUCGACAUGUAAGUAUCACCAAUGCAACAAGUGAGAUAUUCCCGGACGCAUUCCAUGCUAUAUGCACUUAUCACCUAGGGAACAACAUAAAGUCUCGAUUCAAGAAUGCUGCAUUUUACAAAUUGUAUCAGGAUGCAGCGUAUGCGUAUCGGAAGUCACAGUUCACGUACUACUGGAACCAGAUACUAUCGAUUAGAUCUGGUUCACUUGCCAAAUACUUACAAGAAAUUGGGGUAGAACGGUGGGCCCGAUGCUACCAAGUUGGUAGAAGAUAUGAAAACAUGACGACAAACAGCGCUGUGUCGUUUGAGAAGUCUCGUCGCUACACAGUCAAACCAGUCGACUGGUGCAUGUUUCAUGUUGAGGACGGUGGCUUGAACGAGACGGUUGAUUUGAAUGCCCGUACAUGUACAUGCAUGGAGUUCCAGUACAUGGGCAUUCCAUGUUCGCACGCAAUUGCAGUAGCGAGACACAAGAAUAUAAAUUGCCACACGUUGAUCGAUCCAUGCUACAGUGUGGACUCCCUAAUUGGUGCCUACGCUGAACCAAUCUUACCGGUAGGCCACAUGUCGGAAUGGAAAAGGCCAGCUGAUUACCAGCCUAUUCCCAUCCAACCACCACGACUUGUUAAACGUGCAGGCCGGCGUAGAACGCAACGGAUCGCCUCAACCGGUGAGCGUCGUGUUGUGAACAAGUGUUCUCGAUGCGGUACAUCGGGUCACAAUAGACAGACAUGUACUAACCCAAUUACGCAGGCACGGACAUCUGGAUGCAUAUAUGGGAGGACGGUGUAA